AUGAACGAUCCCCGCUUUGAUGCGUAUACAGUCUGCUGGGUGACAACCCUAGAUUGUGAACUUUUUGCAGCACGACUGUGCCUGGAUAAGGAGCAUGCAGACCUCCCGACUGACCGGCAAGACCCCAACGAGUACAUUCUCGGGGAGAUGGGGAUACAUAACGUUGUUAUUGUAUUUGCCCCGCAGGGUCAAUAUGGGAUGGUACCUGCCUCAAAUACAGUAACCAACGCGAGUCGAACGUUCCGGCAGAUUCGGUGCGUUCUGUUGGUAGGAAUUGGCGGCGGAGCUCCCGGAAAACCCGACGAAUGGAACUCGAUGAUGGAUAUACGUCUUGGGGAUGUGGUCGUAUCAUGUCCAGAUAAGAAAGAAGGUGGUAUUGUGCACUAUGACGGUAUUCAAGUCGCGGCACACGUCAGUAAACCGCCGACGUGGCUUCUUAGCAAAGUGAAAAAGCUCAAUUCGGACCAUACGUUCGGAAAGGGCAUGAUGACCGAGUAUAUCGCCCAAGCCCAGCAGCAAAUGCGACAACGGAUGGCCCGACAGAACUACCAGUUCCCUGGUAGACAGUACGAUAGGCUAUCAGAUCUGACUCUCUGCAUGCUGGUGAUAAAAUCUGUACAGGCUGUGACGAGACUGCGGUCGUGA